CUGAGUGACUCUCUCUCUCUCUCUCUCUCUGUGAGUUCAGGAAAAUGGCUGAGGCGAGUAUUUCAGUAGAUCAGCUUUCAGUGGAUCAGUUCAUCUGUUCAGUGUGUCUGGAUCUCCUGAAGGAUCCGGUGUCUCUCUCCUGUGGUCACAGUUUCUGUAAGGUGUGUAUUAAUGACUGCUGGGAUCAGGACGAUCAGAAGGCCGUCUACAGCUGUCCUCAGUGCAGAGACACUUUCACACCAAGGCCUGUUCUACGCAGAAACAACAUGCUGGCUGAAGUGGUGGAGAAACUGAAGAAGACUGAAGUCCAAGCUGCUUCUCCUGCUCACUGUUACGCUGGACCUGGAGAUGUGGAGUGUGAUUUCUGCACCGGGAGAAAACACAAAGCCGUCAAGUCCUGUCUGGUGUGUGUGGCUUCAUUUUGUGAAACUCAUCUCAAACCUCAUCUUGAAAGUCCUGCUUUGAAAAAACACACAUUAAUUGAAGCCUCUGGAAAUCUACAAGAGAAGAUCUGCUCUGAACACGAUGAAGUUCUGAAGAUCUUCUGUCGUACUGAUCAGAGAUGUAUUUGCUCUUUGUGCAUGUUGGAUAAACAUAAAGGCCACGACGCUGUAUCAGUUGCAGCAGGAAGAGCUGAGAAACAGAGUGAGUUAAAGGAGGAGCAGAUGAAAUUCCAGCAGAGACUCCAGGAGAAGCAGAAGAAGGUGCAGGAGCUGAAACAGACUGUGAACACUAUAAAGCUCAGUGCACAGACAGCAGUGGAGGACAAUGAGAGGAUCUUUACUGAGCUGAUCAGCUUCAUGGAGAAAAAGCGCUCGGAGGUGACUGAGAUGAUCAGAGCUCAGGAGAAGGCUGAACUGAGUCGAGCUGAACCACUCCUGGAGCAACUGGAGGAGGAGAUUGAUGAUCUUCAGAGGAGAGUCACUGAGAUGGAGAAGCUUUCACACACACACGAUCACAUCCAUUUCCUCCAGGUAACACACACUCUUAUUAGACCUCAGUCUCCUCUAUUAAACAGACCAGAUUUUGACACGUCCAGCAUCAGGGUCUCUCAACAUCUGUCAUUUGAUGGAGUGAAGAAUUCUCUCUCAGAUCUGAAGAAGAGACUGGAGGAAUUCUGUGAGGAGGAAUUCAACAAAAUCCCUCCACAUGCUGCAGCAGUUCAGAUCAUUUCACCACCAGAGCCACAGAACAGAGAAGAGUUUCUGAAAUAUUUCUGUUCUCUGACUCUGGAUCCCAACACGUCACAUCGUAAACUCAUUCUGUCUGAGAAGAACAGAGCAGUGACAUUCAGUAUAAUAGACCAGCAGUACUCUGAUCAUCCAGAGAGAUUUGACUCCUGGUGGCAGGUGUUGUGUAAGGAGAGUGUGUGUGGACGCUGUUACUGGGAGGUGGAGUGGAGCGGUGAUGGUGUGUCCAUAUCAGUCUCAUAUAAAGAUAUCAGGAGGAAAGGAGAUGGUGAUGAGUGUGUGUUUGGACGCAACAAACAGUCCUCACGUCUGCGAUGUUCUACUUCUUCUCUCUCUUUCUAUCACAACAACAUUAAGACUGAUCUCAGAGUUCCAUCGUCCUCCAAAAUAGGAGUGUAUGUGGAUCACAGUGCAGGAACUCUGUCCUUCUACAGCAUCUCUGACACCAUGAAGCUCCUCCACAGAGUCCACACCACAUUCACUCAGCCUCUAUACGCUGGGUUUAAACUUAGUCUUCUGUCAGAAGUGAGGUUGUGUGAUCCACAAUAACAUGUAUCUGGUGUUUUAUGGGAAUGAGUGUGUGUGUGUGCCCUGCGAUGGGUUGGCACUCCGUCCAGGGUGUAUCCUGCCUUGAUGCCCGAUGACGCCUGAGAUAGGCACAGGCUCCCCGUGACCCGAGGUAGUUCGGAUAAGCGGUAGAAGAUGAAUGAAUGGUGUUUUAUGGUCAGUAACAAGUACAAAUUGAAUCAUGAAUGAUCUUAUAGAAAAACUGUUUCAUUUCAGCAGGAUUACUCCUUAUAGUGUCAUUAAAGAGGUCGUUCCUGAGAAACAAAACACUUGUGAAAUGUAACACAAACACAGAAUAUUCAUUCUUUGUAACAUGGUAAUCAUUUUUAUUUUAAUCUAGAAGUGAAGUUUGUAGGUUUAAGGGGUGUGUCUGUGUUCAGAAUAAACCAAUCACAUUCACUCUCAUGUACAAAGAUCAUUCAUACAUCUGCACCAAUUAUAUGAUUCUGAUGAACUCCAAAUAAAGAAGCUUCUGUAGGACUUUCUUUAAA